AUGAAAUACACAGCUUUUAAAAACUCUUUGAGAUUUGCAAGCAAGUUUUGCCAAAACAACAAUUACAAAUUAUAUAUGAACAGCGUGCCUCAGUUUUCAACGUAUGCAUAUGGGAAGUACUUAAAAACAAACCCUCUUACGAAUAGACUUGAUGAUUUAUUAAAAAAAAAUUCAAAUUUAAUCAGUAUAAUUAGCUUAAAUGGAUUGGACGAUUUAAUUACCCAAUCUUCAAAAAUAGAGUCUGUUUCUAUUGCGGAUUGGCUACUAAACCUAGUUGAAGAGUAUCAAUUAAUGCUAUCAUGCGUAAAUAUGACCACAAUACGCAGUUGGUUUUCCAUUAGGAGCAUUGGAUAG